AAGUUUAUGCUGAUGAACACAUUAAAUAAAAAUCCUUCUCUGUGUUCCCACUGCUGUCUCCUCCCUCCCUUUAUAAAGAAGAGGAUGCUCCAGUUCGCUCAUUUCACGCCGUUCCUGAGGAAGAGUCGGGGGGAAUUUGGCUGCAAGGAUUUGGAUUUGAUUUUAGCCGAAACAUCUUGUUGUGUUUUCUUUUCUUUUUUUUUUAUUGAUUAUUUGCUUGUUUUGGACAUGGAUGGAGUUCUGGACAAACUGGACGCUGCAGGUUUCUUGCAAAUUUGGCAAUACUUUGAUAAAGAUGAUAACGGUUACAUUGAGCGAAAGGAGCUGGACGCCUUAUUCAAACACCUGCUGCUCAGUCUCGGCAUGAAGAAGGAGGAGGUGACUGAAGAUUUAAUCCAAGAUCUGAGAAAAAGAUGUGCGUUUGCUCAUCACACCUCAGCAGACGGACGUCUCCUCAUUCAAGAGCUGGCCACGGUGAUGCUCCCUGAGGAGGAAAACUUCCUGCUUUUAUUUCGCCGAGAAACGCCGCUGGACAACAGUGUGGAGUUCAUGAAGAUCUGGAGAAAAUAUGAUGAGGACAGCAGCGGUUACAUCUCAGCCAAUGAGCUUCAGGGUUUUCUGCAGGAUCUUUUUCUCCAGCACAGGAAGUCCAUCACACCCAACAAACUAGAGGAGUACAGCGAAACCAUGAUGAAGAUGUUUGACAAAAAACAGAAUGGAAGGCUGGAUUUGAAUGACCUCGCCAGAAUUUUGUCCAUGAAAGAAAACUUCCUGUUAAAGUUUAAGAUGGAUGCGUGCAGCCGGGAAGACCGAAAGAGAGACUUUGAGAAAAUAUUUGCUCACUACGAUGUUAGUAAGACCGGUGCUCUGGAAGGCCCUGAAGUGGACGGAUUGGUCAAAGAUAUGAUGGAGCUCGUAAAGCCCAGCAUCAGCGGAGCAGAACUGAACAAGUUCAGGAAAGCCCUGAUGAGCCACUGCGACAUCAACGGAGAUGGGAAAAUCCAGAAAAACGAGCUGGCUCUCUGCCUCGGCCUCAAAUUCAGCUGAAAAGAUACCUCUGCAUCCGACAUCCCAGUCCUGUUGUCCUCCAUCAGCGUGUAGCCUUGUGUUUAACAGUGACUCGUUGGUAGAUGCUCUCUCUUCAGACAGUUUGGACAGACAAUUGGAUUUUAGUUUGCAUGCUUUAUCCAAAGAAAUCCAUACUUAAUAAUAAAAAAUAAAAAAAACGAUGUUGGUUGAUAGUGUCAUAUAUGACGUAUGUGUGGAUUUGACGGGGUUCUGGCAUGUGCAUGCUAUUGACAUGUGACUGUUGACUCUGAAACUCCAUUUGUGGUUCCCAAAAUAUCAUUUCUCCACCCAAGUAUCAAUCCAGAUUUCUAUUGAUAUUUUUUCCUUAUUUUUGAAUCAUUUUUUUGCUAUAUUAUGGUGUGUGUGUGUGUUUCUGUACAAAUAAAGUUUGAUUUGUAUUUAUUUCUAUAAAAAAAUGACGUUUUUGUAUUUGUCAUCAUCCCCUUGUUUACAAAAGUGCGUGACUCCUGUUGUCUCAUUUAAACACUAUUCUUUCUGCAAAGUAACAUCCAAAUUUGAGAUUUAAAGAAAAUAAAAAAUAAAUAAAUAGAAAACUUGUUUUGUUGUUGUUAUUGUCUCACCUCUUCUCAAAUACAGUUUUCAUUUCAGCUCAUUUCUCACGUUUUUGCUUUCAUAAAGUCCUUAGUGUGGACCGUCAAAAAAAAAAGACAAAUAGACUAAAUUAACAUUAAGGUGAGUCCUAUUUAUUUAUAGGAGAAAAGAUUCAGGAUCGAUUCAGAUGAAUUCAACGACUAAAACAAUCCAAAAAAGUGUUUUAAAAGGAACGGACCCCCACAAUGGAGGAGGUGAAGAGAAUCAAUCAUCAGUUAAAUGUUUUUAAAAGUUUUUUCCACUUUGAUAAAAACCAUGUUUUAAAAUUUUCAUAUAUUUUUUUUCUUCAUUUUUAUUUUUUUUUUCAUUUGUAUUUUUUUUUCUAAAUUAUUCAAGCUUUUGGGAUCAGAACACAUCACAUUCACAAACAAUGAUCAUAUUAUGUUUGUUUUUCUUGAGUGGCGUAAUCUGUGCUUUAAAAAUGAAAUAGUGAUCAUGGCGUCUGAAUUGGGUUAAGUCUGGAUGUUCUCAGACUAUAUGGAAAUUAGGAAGUAGUAGUAGUAGUAGUAGUAGUAGUAGGGGCUUCAGACAUGUUUUUAUCCAACUCAAUUAUUGAUUUAUCUAGUUUUAUAAAAUGUAUUAGUUUGUGAAUGCCUUUAAAUUCACUUAGUAUUGUAUAUAUUUGUUAUUUUUUUUGUUUUCAAAUGUAAAAACUUCAGUAAAGUGUUGCAUUGCUGUAAAUAUGUGUGAAAACUGAAGACUAAAAUGUCUAAAAAUAAAAUAAAUAAAUAUAUAAAACGAUUUUUGUGCUUUUUUUUGCAGAUUUUCAGAUUACUAAACCGUUAUUUUAUUCAACUCAUGAACAUAAUUUAUAUUCUUGUUUUUUUCUCUUUUUCUUUGUGACUUGGUGAGACCCUUCACAGGUGUCCAGCAGAGAUUCUGCUGAACACUCCAAGCUGUUCCCAAUUAGUGAUUGUUGAGUCAGGGUCUGGUUGCUUUGGUUGACACAACAGUUAAAAAGAACAGACGUGUUUACAACACACAUGGUGCUCAAGCUGGUUGUCUCUGGUUUUUUCUGGUUUUGAGGUCCACACAGUUUGUCCCUGGCUGCUGAGUUUUUUUUCCCCCCAAAAUAAGAAAUGAUACCUGUUCUUUGCCUCAGAGCGCUGCUUUUAGCUGCCAUUGGUCAACAUGCAAAAGGAUAUACAACAAACAAGAAUAAAGGCAUAACUCCUCAAUCGGAGCAGAGCGAGACUGCCCCACGCAGCUUCCCACCUUCAUCCUCUGGUUAUAGAAGCUACCUCCAGCCUAGAACUUAUUUCCCUAGUCCUAAAGUGUCAGAGUGGCGCUCAUCACAAAGUCCUGCACAAACCAGUCAGCAAGAACCAAGGGGGUCCCCUGCGAGGCAAGUAGAUGGUUAUAGUCAGCCAGGAAGUAUUUCUAGUCACAGGCCUGCCUCACAUCCUUCAAAGCCAGCACAGCAGCCACAGAGUCGUGUCUAUCAAGCCAGUACAGUUCCCUGGGACUCGCUGACGCCCCAAAAUGAGAAGAAAUUUGGGACCAGGAUUGUUUCAAGUGGUGCAAUAGAGUUUCUCUCUGAGCCCAAGCCGCUCCAUAAAGUGCCUCCUGUGACUGGGGAGAGGUUUCCAGGCUCAAAUGUGCCACAGAGACAUCCAGCUGGGACGUACCCCAAUGUCAUGCCAACCCAGAAGGAAGAAAGGUCUCCAGCCGGUGUGAUUCAAACCAAAGACAUAAUGUGGAAUCUGCCACAGAGUCGAAGUGGACUUCCACAAAGUCGUCCAACUCAUUCCAAUGCCAUGCCAUCACAGAGGCCCAGUUCUCAAUCUUCUGGUGUCUUGCAGUCUAAAAAGGGGAUGUGGAAUAUUGGUUCACAGAGUCCAGGUGGAGAUGCAUCAACCUCCAGAAGUGAGAAGUACAAGAAGCCAACCUCAAGGGUGGAAAGUCCUCAAUCUUCUGGUAGUUUUCAGCCCAUAGAAAAUGUAUGGAAUUUGCCUCAAAGUGGAUCUACACCAAGGCGUCAGUCUAUGGUGCAUACAAACACAAUGUCAUCCCAGAGGAAUGCCGCUUCUCCAACCUCAGUUCUACAAACCAAAGAGAUUAUGUGGAACAUGCCACAGAGUCAAAGUCGUACUACGACGCAUUCCAAGCCAGCCCAGAGAAAGCCCAGUUCCCCAUCAUCCGUCCUACAAACCAAAGAAGGUAUGUGGAGUCUGCAUGGUUCCAAUGCCCCAAAUCAAGGCACCAAUGCAAGGGGUUUCCGCCCAAUGGAACUGGAGCAGGGGCAGUCACAUGCUCAAUCUCAGCAGCAACAAAGCUUGAGUCGAAAACCAGUUCAGCAGACUUUCUCACAAGUCCCGAAUGUCCAAACUAAAGGUCAAAUGCAAAGAAUGGCAGCUCCUGGUCGUGGGUCGGGUAUCACCGGUCAUGCAACGGUGUCGUACUCCAAUCCCCCAAGAGGACGGAGCUCCCAAUCUUCUCCCACGAAGACACUCUCAUGGGAUCGCAGCGACUUGAACCAAAAGACAAAAGGUGCUUCUGGAAUGGCUUCCCUGACAUCCCUCUACCAGUUUGAUGGGGACAGACCGAAGCUCCUCCCCUCAACAAAGAAAAACAAGGCCUUAUCUUAACUGAUCUCGACCCUCUGCCAGUCUUAACCAAUAAAGGAUUUAAACUGCA